AUGAAACAAAAAACACUGCAUUCAAAUAUAGGUGAUCUGACUAAUCUGGAAAUCAUGUUAUUUGAAAGAAAUACACUGACGCUGUUGCCACCAGAAAUAUACUUACUUCAUAAACUGACAGUACUGAAUGUCAGUCACAACUGUUACCUAUCUGGUCUCCCUAAAGAAUUGUCAAAGCUUGUUAAUAUUAAGGAACUCAAUCACAACAACACUGAUGAAUUUCCUUUUGCAUUGGAAAGCCUUGAAACUUUAGAGCUUGCAGGCAACAAGCUAAAAACUUUAUGAGAUACCAUAGGUGACAUGAAAAAUUUGAAGGUACUCAACAUUGAUUCCACUCAAAUCUCAAUAUUCUCAAGGGUUCUCUGCUAUCUUCCUCAUCUAGUAAAACUCAGCAUAUGUGAGAACUUGAUUCAGAGUUUACCAAAGGAUAUUAAAGAGCUUAAGAAACUACAAGAUUUUUCAAUUAGUAACAAUAAGCUUAUAUUUUUGCCUGUGCAGCUUUCCCAGUUGAAAAAACUAAAAGUACUCAGAGCUGAUGAUAACAAAUUGGAGGUUCUUUCAGAUACAGUGGAACAUAGUAAUCAAUUAACUCAGCUUCCUGCUAAGAUUCACAGACUUAAAUAUUUAAAGGAGUUUUCACUAAGUAGAAAACAACUGGACUCACUGGGUGAACAAAUACCGCAUUUAAAAGACCUCUCCAAAAUAGAGCUUUCUGGAAAUGCAUUAAGAUACAUUCCUGUUGAAUUAAAAAAUUGUAUACGGAUAACCGAAGCUGACCUCAGCAAUAAUAAGCUCUCUCAGUUUCCAAAUGCAUUGUGUGCACUAUUUGAUCUUAAACCCUUAAAUCUUACUGGCAACUCUAUUUCAGAAAUAAUACCUGGAAUUUCUGACAUUAAAGAUUACUUGGAUGUAAGCGAGAAUGAAAUCAAUAAUGGUAUGCCAGCACUGGUGUCCAAGAUGAAGGCUCUCCAGGUACUGCUGUUACACCAUUAUCACUUUGACUCAUUUCCUGAAGAACUGUGUUCUUCAAAAUGUUUGAAAACACGUGACAUUUCAGAUAAUCAGAUAAAGAGUAUUCCUUUACAGAUUAGCAGUCUGGAAGUGAUCAAAGACCUAAAUUUAACUAAAAUUCCAGAGGAGCAAUCUAAACUGGUUUGCCUUGGGGAACUGGACAUAUCUCACAAUGCAUUGAAUGGAAUUCCAGACAGCAUAGGGGAACUGGAGUAUUUGGUCCAUUUAAUUGCAAAUAAUUAUAUCGGCCAGCUCCCCAAAUUUAUUACAUCACUAAGAAAGCCACAACAGCGUGACCUGAGUGGUAUCAGGCAUCCAAUCCGUUCGUAA